AUGGCCGACACGGAAGCACCCGAGGAGCUGACGGCGCGCUUCGAAGAGCUUGGUGCUCUCGAGGCAGAGUUCGAGGACGCCGAGUUGGAGAUCAUCCGUAAAGCCGAGGAAAUCCAUGCGCCGCUGUACAAGAAGCGCGCCGAAUACAUCGCCAAAAUCCCACACUUUUGGUCGCUCGUCUUGGAGCAGGCGCCCCAGGAAAUCGACACCUUCAUCCAGCCCACCGACUCCAAAGUCUUUGCAGAGUGCCUGGACACCUUGGAAGUUUCCCGAUUCGAGCUCGACGACCCAAAGGGUUCACCGCGCAGCUUCUCGCUCAAGUUUGGAUUCAAGGAUAAUGACUACUUCGAAGACCAGGUGCUCGAGAAGAAGUUUUGGUUUAGGAAGACGAGGGACUGGGCUGGCCUUGUGUCUGAGCCUGUCAAGAUCAACUGGAAGAAGGGCAAGGAUCUGACGGCUGGUCUGUCGGAGGCAGCCUACAAGCUGGGUGAGAUGAGGAAGAAGAACGCAAUCGAUACUUCGAGCGCCGAGGCUAGGAAGAAGGAGACGGAAACCGAGGAAUACAAGCAGCUGACUGAGAAGAUUCAAACAGUCACUGAUGCCUCGGUCAGCUUCUUCUGCCUCUUUUCCUUCGUCUCGGGCUUCCGAUGGGUCAGUGCCGAAGAGAACGAGAAGACUAUCAAGGAGGACAAUGAGAGACUAGAGAAGAUCCGGCGCGGAGAAAAGGUCGAAGACGACGAUGAGGAUGACGAGGAAGAUGAUGUAGACUACCAGGAAUCCGAAGUAUUCCCAGGUGGAGACGAGGUUGCUACACUCAUCGCCGAGGACAUGUGGCCAAACGCCAUCAAAUACUACAAGGGAACCUUUGAGGAGGCCGACGACGAGGACCUCUCCGAUCUCGACGAAAUCAUGGACGACAGUGAUGAUGACGACCGUGUCCAGGAAGUCGAAUCCGACGACGACGACAACGAGGAGGUCGACAUCCGCGCCCUCGUCGGCAAAGGUCGCAAGUCCACGCAAGAACCGCCUGCUAAAAAGCAGCGCAAGGCCUAG